UUGAAAAAUUCGAUAACAGUGAUCAAUUUUGACAAUCAAGUUAAGAAAAAACAACGUAAAGCAGAAAUGUUUCCUGAUGUGAUCCGUUGUGGUAUGUUUGGGCCUAGUGGUUCUGGGAAAUCAAACUUGCUUCUUACCAUGUUGGUACACAUGAGACCAUACAAAAAUUUGUAUCUAUGCUCGAAAACAAGUUACCAGGAAAAGUAUGGAACACUGCGUGAACUCAUAGCUGGACACAAUAAAAAUAAGAAAAGUCGAAAGCAAAUGAUUAAUAUUCAAGAACUACAAGUUGAAUCUCUUCCUGAACCUGAAGAUUUGGAAAUGGAUUCCAUUGUGAUUUUUGAUGAUGUGUUGACUGAAAAGCAAGAUAAAGUUGCAAAUUUUUUCCUCAGAGGCAGACAUCGCAAUAUUUCUUGCUUUUACUUGAGUCAAGCGUACACAAAAAUACCUAAAAAGAGCGGCAUACGUGAAAACUUCAAUUAUAUAAUUCUGUUUAGGCAGGAUUUAGUGAAUUUGCGUCAAGUUUAUACUGAAUAUGUUACAGAUGUCACUGUUGAGAAAUUUCGUACAAUGUGCAACAAUUGUUGGCGUGAACAGUUUGGUUUUCUGGUUAUUGAUGUUGAGAGUGAUGAAUGCAAGUAUAAAAAGAAGUUUGAAGAAAGUAUAAAUACCUGAGACCUAAUUUGAUAAGGUAUACAGGAAAUUGGUUCAAAAAAAACUAUACAUAGAGGUACCUAACACUGAUAAGUUAUUAUCAUUACUAUGGCACCCGCUAAUGAAAAUUAUGACAAUUUCUUCGAACGUUAUGAUUUUUAUGACUAUAGACCUCCUUCAUCUGAGAACAUUAACCAACCAGGUGGGGAGUUUCCCAUUACAGUUUAUAAUGAAGAUAUCAUUACUUUACCUUGUGAAAGUAGACUUGUGUUUACUGGUCAAAUCAGUGUAAAUACCGUAGCCACCGAUGGUACUGCUACAGCUGUCACCAGCAUCGAUACAAGUAAAAUUGAUUUUGAUCUGAAUGGUAUUUUACAUCGAUUUGAAUUCAUUGAAUACAAAGUUGGCGAACAUAAAGUUGAUGAUAUUCGUAAACCAGGUAUUUCAACAACCAUGAAAGGUCUUGCUUCAUUCAGACCAAAUAUGGCUCAAAGUCUUUCUGGUUGGAAUAUUUAUCAAGGAGCAAAAAGUCUGAUCAAUAGUUCGGGGUACUUUGCAAUUAUUAAACCUCUUUCUGAAUUGAUGGGUUGUUUUGAAGAUUAUCGUAAAUGUCUUGUUCGUGUACCUCAAACAUUGAUUUUUCAUAUCAGUACAUCGUCUGACAAUAAUUGUUUUUACUCAAAGGAGGGUACAAAAUACAAAGUUUCUUUCAAAUUCACAGACAUUAUUUGGCGUAUGCGCCACAUAAAGCUAAGAAUUGAUAAAGAAGCCAAACUUCGCAAAGAAGUGUUGACCAGUACAAAUUAUACAAUGCAUUUCCGUCACUGGUUGUAUCAAAGCACAACUUUACCAGUUGGGACAACAGAAUAUACGUGGGAUGUUCCUGUUUCUCAUUCUAAAGUUAAGUAUGCUAUAAUAGCUUUUCAAAAAGAUGUUGUGGGAAAACUUGACAAACAAAUGGGCAGAUUUGAUUUACUAAAUGUUGAAAAUGUGCAGUUGGAAAUCAACAACUACUUACUGUAUCCAAAGGAUCGUUUGAACCUCAAGUAUGCAGAAAAUAAAUGUGGUAAUAUUUUUGAAAUGUUCAAAGCAUUCCCUAAAUCUUACUACAAUCGAUUAGAAGAAGAUCCUGUCUGUGAUUACAUCACAUUCCUAACGGAUUUUCCAAUGAUCAUUAUUGACUGUUCUCAUCAACCUGAAGUGAUCAAAGAUUCGUUGAUAAAUACAAAAAUUCAUUUCAAUUUUCGAGAUGAUGGUUUUCCUGACAAAGGAAUGGUACACCUACUUAUGAUUAUGGAUUGUAAGGCAGUUUACAAUCCUCUAAACAACCAAGUUAUCACAUAGAAUUGAUGAAUGAAGUUUUUUCGAUAUUUUAUUUUUUCAAGAUGGCAUUUCAGAUUUCAUUGACUGAAACUUCUUCAAUUUUUGAUUUUGAAUAUGCGGAUGGUAUAAAGUUGAAUGGACCUUAUGAGGUCUGUUUGAAAAGUUUUGUGACUUAUAACAACAUACCCAACAUAUCGGAAGUGAAUAACAAUAUAACUUUUGUGGAUGUGGAUAAGGAUAAUGAAAUUCCUCUGGCUGAGUUUAUAGAGAUCCGAGACACAAACAAUAAUAUUAUCAAUGCCAAUGCUGAAAGUCUCACUUAUGAUCUUCCAAAAAAGAUAAAAGGAGUAUAUCCCUUUACUGUACCCACUGGUACAUAUGAGAUUCAAGAUAUUGUUAAAUAUAUUGAAAAUUUGGAUAAAAUUAAAAACAGUGGUACCUUCUUGAGGUUAAAUAAGAACACAUUCAAAAUGGAAAUCAAAAGUCCUUUGCAUAUUGAUUUCAGACCUGCAAACUCAAUUGGUCGAACAUUGGGCUUUAGUCCUAGACUUUUGGCUCCCAAUGAACUGCAUCGUUCAGAUUUACCUGUGCAGAUUUUUACUGUGCACACCAUCAAAGUUAAAUGCAAUUUGAUUAAAUGCAAUGUUGAUAAUCUGAAGCGUAAUGACAAUACACUUUAUGAAUUUCCAUUAAAAGUUGAAAGUGGUGAGAAAAUCAUUGAAAGGCCUAUUACGUUGUGUUAUUAUCCUAUAGUGAGACUAGAUAGCAUUUAUCAGCUGCAUUUGAGAGUUGUUGAUCAAAAUGAUAGGUUGGUUGAUUUUCAAGGUGAACAAAUUGCAAUUACUUUGGGUUUUCAACCAACUAGAUGAAAAUCGUUAAAUAGAGGUCCAUGAGCCUGUUGAUAUUCUAAUUAUAAUGGAUGAUAAAACAAUCAGAGAUUAUUUGGAAUCUGGUAGAGCUCUGAAACAAAAGUUUGAAGAAAUGAAAUUUGGUAAACUAACCAAACGUAUUCAGUUGGAAGAAAGGUUUAAACCAAUUACAGAAUCAUUGCAAACUUUGAAUGAAAAUAUGACAAAGUCUAUACAAGUGCAGGGAGACAAAGGUAUUCCUUUCAUUUUGAAUGACUUAUUAAAACCAGGUAAAAAUAUUGAUAAACACUUUGGUGUAAGAAUUGAAAAUAGAGGUUUAUUUGUUGGUAAUUCCCAAUUAACAAUCACACCUGAUAACAAUAUUCUUUUGGAAUCAGAUCAAAGCUUGUAUAAAGGUACUACUGGUCUUUGGGAAUUACUCACUGCUGAAAAUCCUCAACAUUAUGAUGCUAGAGAUUUGAGCAAUUAUGAACAAAUUGUGUUACGUUCUUAUGCUUAUAGGCGUAAAAAUGAUAGACAUAGCCCAUACUAUAAAGCUACAAAUACUAACAAGUAUAGAACCUUAAUCAGGCCAAUGCUAGUAAAGUACCACAUUAUUAAACAACAACAACAACAACAACCUCUGUCUGUAAUAAAAGAAACUGAAACUGACGAUGAAGAUGAUGAAUUCUAUGAUACCUCAUUUUAUGAGGAUGAAGAUCUUAAAAAAGGUUCUGGAUUGCAUAAAUUUAAUACAGGGCAACCUGUGGAGUAUGUUCAUUGGAAUACUGUUGAUGAAUUAGUUGAAAGACUGUGUCAUUUGUGGGGUGAAAUACAAUCUGGCAACACAAAUCCUAUUUUACUCAAUGAAAUAGUCAACAUUAUUCAGGAAUUCAAAGAACUUUGAAAAACGUUAUAUAGACUUAUGAGCAGAAGAAAAUUCAUUAUUUUAAAAUGGAUUAUCGUUAUCAAAGAUAUCUAAGAUGCAUGGAGGUAAUGCCUGAGCCCGUAGGUACUUCUAGUCCUAUUUAUGGCAGAGGUAUUAUCAAUUCUAUGAUUAAUAAUUUACCAUUUGAAAUGCAUAUGCCUGGCUACAAUUAUUUAGGUCCUGGUACCAAGCUUGAAAAGAGAUUGAAUGCAGGCAGCCAACCAACAAAUAAACUUGAUGAAUUAGCUAUGAAUCACGAUAUAGCGUAUUCAAAGUCUAAAAAUUUGGAUGAUCGUCAUGCUGCUGAUUAUGAUUUACAAGAAGGAGCUUGGAAACGUGUGUUGGCAGAUGAUGCAGGGUUGGGAGAAAAAGCAGUAGCAUGGUUAACAACUAAUGCCAUGAAAGCUAAAAGAGCUUUAGGUGCUGGCUUGCUAACAAAGUACCCUGUAUCUCUGGAACCAGCAGAGCAAGAAAAACUUGCAGCAGCUGUACAGGCACAGAAAGGUGUUUCCUUAAAAGUUAGUACUAUACGUACCAAAGAAUCUGUGAUGAGUGAGUCCUACUUACCACUAACAAAAAGUCAGAUUGCAAAUCUUAAAAAAGGUGGCAGUGGUAAGAAAACCAUUAGAUUAUCAGCUGCUCAGGUUGAAAAGGUCAAGUCUGGAGGUUACCUUAAAACAAUGCUUCAGUAUGGUCCUGCAGCCAUAGGUGCUGUUUCUGCUCUUGUUGAUCUUUUCAAAAGUAAGGAAAAAGAUGGCAAAGGUGUUUACAUCAACAAGAAACCUAGAGGUUCAGGAGUUUACAUUAAUAAAAAACUAAAAAGUGGUGAAGGUGUUUACAUUAAUAAGAAACCUAAAGGUUCAGGUGUUUACAUCAAUAAAAAACCAAAAAGUGGUGAAGGUGUUUACAUUAACAAGAAACCUAAAGGUAAUGGUCUUUUGGAUGAACUUCUAAAAAAAAAAAAGCUACUCCAUUGAAUAAUUUGGAAUUGACAGAGUAUGCCAUUCAAUUAAAAAUACCUUUCUUUAGAGGUGUAUUCAUGCGUGAUAAGUUACCAACAAAAAUUUUAAAUAAUGAAUCUGCUAUUGUGAAUUUAGAUUCAAGCUCUGGUCCAGGUACUCAUUGGGUUGCAUAUGUGAAACGUGGUCAAAAUGUAGAAUAUUAUGACUCUUUUGGUGUUGCCCCACCAGCUGAACUACUUGUUUACUUUGGAAAGAAAGCCAAGGUAAUUUAUAAUUAUGAGCAAGAUCAAAAAUUAAGUCAAGUCAUUUGUGGUCAUUUGUGUUUGAAGUUUCUACAUAAAUACAUAUGAUUUCAAAACUUUGAUAUUUGAAAAAUGGAUUUAGCUCUUGAAUUGCACAAACCUGUGAUUAAAAAAUUUAAAACGCGCCAAAUCAUCACCAAAGGUAUUGAUCACAUUUGGCAAGCUGAUUUAUUAAUCAUGACACAGUAUAAAAAAGAAAAUGAUGGCUACACCAAUAUUCUGAAUGUUAUAGACUGUUUUAGCAAAUAUGCUUGGUGUAUACCUCUGAAAUCAAAGUCUGCCAAAGAUGUUACUGAAGCAUUUCGAAAAAUACUCAAGGCCAAAAGACCUAAUCGAAAACCUAAAUUGCUGCAUAUUGAUCGUGGUAAAGAAUUUGUAAAUUCUACUUUCAAAAAAUUGUUGAAGGAAUAUAACAUUACCAUGUACCAUACAUUCACUGAGAUCAAAGCAGCCAUGGUAGAAAGAUUUAACAGAACAUUAAAUGAGAAAAUGAAGCUACAUUUCGAAGUUAACCAAAAUCAUCAUUGGAUAAAAAUUCUACCAAAGCUUGUUAACGAAUAUAAUAAACACGACAUACAUAGAUCUAUAGGUAUGACUCCUGCUUCUGUUACAACAAAAAUAGAACCAGUAGUUUAUCAACGUUUGUACGGGUUAAAAAAAUUUAAAUUACCAAAACCUACACUUAAAAUAGGCGAUCGUGUUCGAAUAAUUGCUUACAGAUAUACAUUUGCAAAUAAGUACUCGAGAAGAUGGACAAAAGAAAUUUUUAUAAUUGAUAAGGUACACUAUACAGUACCCAUAACAUAUACCAUAACAGCUUUGGAUGGUGAAAUAAUCCGUGGAAAGUUUUACACUCAAGAGUUACAAAAAACAAAAUUUUAACUAUAAAUAGAGGUAUGGAUGCUGCUACUGCUCAUUAUUAAAAUGGGUUCGGUACAGAUACCUUCUGUUCUACGUGCUGCUGUAUUAGGAUCUGUUGAUAGAGAGAUUCAGGAAAAUGUGCUGCAAAAAAUAUUGAGAUUCAAAAAAUACUAUGGCCAGAUCUUCAUAUGUUCUACAAAACCAAAUAUUUUCAAUUUGGACCAAAAUGUGUUGACUUUCACCGAUAUAGGAGACUUACCAAAACCACUGCCACCAAAUUCAGUGGUAAUUCUGGAAAAUAUAGCUGCUUGUAAAUCUCUUAAGCGUCUCAUUAAACAACAGAAUGUUUCCUGCAUUUACUUGUGCAAAACGUACAGAGAAUUACCUUCAGAUCUAAGUUGGCCUCUCAAUUAUGCAGUUCUAUUCCAACAGUCUGAAACUGAUAUUGCACAGUUUCAUUCUGAACAAAUUUUUGGUAUGUCCUCUGCUUUAUUUGCAGAUCUGUGUGAAUUUGUUUGGGAUUCCCCUUCUUCAGAAAAAGAUUAUCUGGUAGUUGAUAUUUCCAAGUGGAUAUAUAUGAAAAAUUUCAGGUUUUCGGUUAGGCUUCCUGCGCAUGCGCAAAUCAUACCAAAAAAAGUAUAAAUACAACCACACUAACAGUUGGUCGUCAUUACAUCUCUAGCAACCAUGGCGAACACAUCUCGUUUUCGUGCUAUCAUCAUGGCUAUUGUAGAAUUAUUCUUGUUAUGCGUACGACUCUUCAGACGUUCUCAUAAUAUAGAUAUUCAAGAGCUGCAUCCGUUCGAUUGGGAAGCUGGUGGUGAUUAUUGUUGUCUGAAGCAUUGUUUCAAUACUGCUAUGAUUACUACUGUUGUUGAUGGUCUAGCUUGUCGGGUGUGUGGUUCUUUUUGCAUCUGCUACUGCAAAUGUGUAACCUAUAUGGAGUGGCUUCAUCGAAAGAAAUUACAACAACGUCUCAUUGAAGAAGAACUGAAGAGAAGACGUAAACACCCUGAAUGCCCAAACUGCAAAUGCUAUCCCAAACAUCUAUAAAAGACACUACACUGGCUAUUGUCCUUAAUUCCAAUAUUCGAUUUCGAUUUUGAUUCUGAAGCUGAAGAUUAGCACUGUGUACCAAGUUAUCCCCACCACAACAAAAAAAAACCCUUUUCAGGGCUAUAAAUACAAGUACAAUAACAUCUGAAGCUCAUUUAUGAUCAUGGCUUUUGUACCGACAACACGUUGCAGUUCCUGCAUGCCUCUGUAUCAACCAAGUUCGUUACUACUUUUGUGUGGUAAUAAAAUUAUUGAUUGUAUCGAGUCAGUAGAGGAUAUCAAUUCUUUACAUCUACCAAAUACAUUAAAAAGUCAACUGGAAGAGUUGGUUCCAGAAGUAAGUUCAGAAUCAGACUGUCUGGGGUGUGGUAGCAGCUCGGAAGACAGUGAUGAUGGUGGUUGUUGUGGCGGUGGGGGUGGUAUUGGUGGGGGUUAUUUUGCAUGCAAUCUUUGUUAUGCAGACAAACGUUCAGAUUGUGACUGUUCAGUUUGCCCUUGUUGUCGUAGGAAAACACCAGAGUAUAAGGUAGCCUGUGAAAACGGAUACUGUAACAGGUGUGAUUGCAAAUGCUGUAAAUUUUGCAAGUGGUGUAAGCGAAAAUUCUGCACAAUUUCCUAUACUUGUGCUAGCGAUUACUGUGUCUUAUGCCACUACUGUCUCCCCCACCCUUGCAAAUACCCAAAGGCCUAGUCAUAAAUACGAGUGUUUAGUCACUUACAAGUCAUUCUUAAUUAGUAUGCCGAACUUAGUAGACCUAGCUUCAAUGACUUCACUAGUGCAAAUUGAUUGUGCAGCUAGUCCUGUUAAAAUAACCUACCAUCCAAUGGCUCUUCAACUGCAAGCUGCAGAUAAAAUAAUCGACAACAUCAACUCACCAUUGAAAAUAUUACAACUACCACUGCCCAAUAUUAUAAUUGAGCACUUGGUAGAAUUAUACAUCAAGUACCACGAUGCAGGCUACUUCAGUAUGGAUGAAGAAGACUACGAUUCCGAUAAGUUCCGCAAAUUACCCCCACCACUUUCAGAAAUGUAUAAAUAGAGCUACACCAACAUCUCCGAGUCAUUAUACAUCUGACACUCAUACACGAUGGACGUCUCUAUCAAAAACUUUAAUGAUGUCAACGAGAAGAAGCCCUUUGAAAAAUUUACCAACUUUACCAUUGGUACUACUUUCAACGUUAAAACGUUUUUCAAAUGCAAAACUGUCUACGGACAAUCGGUUGUUGUCGAGACAGAUGAAUAUCUGUUUCACUUACCUUCUCGGUAUACUCACCUAUUCGAUACAGAUGAGAAGUUGCAGGCUUGGAAAGAAGAAAAAAAUCUCCGCAUCACUUACACCGAUCUGCGCGGAAAAUCAGUAUUCUUAACGCUACACCAAUCUUCUUAAGUUUAUAAGUUUGUUAAUUUUUAUAAUUGUAAAAAUAAAAAAAUGUAAAAAAAAAUAUAAAAAUGAAAAAUGUAAAAAAAAUAUAAAAAAUAAAAAAUGUAAAAAAAAUAUAAAAAAUAAAAAUGCAAAAAAAAAAUUUGAAAAAAAAAAAAAAAAAAAAAAAAAAAAAGAAAAAAAAAAAAAAAAAAAAUGAA